UGGCGAUCUCGGCUCACUGCAACCUCCGCCCCAGGGAUGCUACUUAUUUGGCAUCCUGAAACUGCUGAAGUUGUUUAUCAGUUUAAAGAGCUUUUCUGCUGAAACUGUAGGGUUUUGAAGACACAGAAUCUUUUCAUCUGCACAAAGGGAUAAUUUGACUUCCUCUCUUCUUGGUGGAUGCCUUUUAUUUUCAUCUUUUCCCUGAUUGCUCUGGCCAGGACUUCCAGUUGUAUGCUGAAUAGGAGUUUUGAGAGAAGACAUCCUUGUCUUGGGCCAGUUUUCAAGGAGAAAAUGCUUCCAGCUUCUGAGACGCUGACAUUUAGGGAUGUGGCCAUAGAAUUCUCUCUGGAGGAGUGGCAGUGCCUGAACCCUGCUCAGCAGAAUUUAUAUAGAAAUGUGAUGUUAGAGAACUACAGAAACCUGGUCUUCUUGGCAGGUAUUGCUGUCUCUAAGCAAAACCCAGUCACCUGUCUGGAGCACGGAAAAGAGCCCUGGAAUAUGAAGAGAUAUGAGAUCAUGGCCAAACCCACAGCUAUGUGUUCUUAUUUUCCCAAAAACCUUUGGCCAGAGCAAGACAUAAAAGAUUCUUUUCAACAAGUGAUUCUGAGAAGAUAUGGAAAAUGUGGACCUGAGAAUUUACAGUUAAGAAAAGGCUCUGCAAGUGUGGAUGAGUGUAAGGUGCACAAAGAAGGUUAUAAUGAACUAAACCAGCGUUUGACAACUACCCAAAGUGAAAUAGUUCGAUGUGAUAAAUUUGUAAAAGUCUUUCAUAAAUUUUUAAAUUCAAAUAGACAUAAGACAAGACAUACUAGAAAAAAAACUUUCAAAUGUAAAAAAUGUGAUAAAUCAUUUUGCAUGCUUUUACACCUAAGUCAACAUAAAAGAGUUCAUACUGGGGAGAAUUUGUACCAAUGUGAAGAAUGUGGCAAAGCCUUUCAGUGGUUCUCAACCUUUGCUAGACACAAGAUAAUUCAUACUGGAGAGAAACCCUUCAAAUGUGAAGAAUGUGGCAAAGCUUUUAAGCAGUCUUCAACCCUUACCACACAUAAGAUAAUUCAUACUGGAGAGAAACCCUUCAAAUGUGAAGAAUGUGGCAAAGCUUUUAAGCACCCCUCAACCCUUAGUACACAUAGGAUGAUUCAUACUGGAGAGAAACGCUACAGAUGUCAAGAAUGUGGCAAAGCCUUCAGCCGGUCCUCACAGCUUACUACACAUAAGAGAAUUCAUACUGGAGAGAAACCCUACAAAUGUGAAGAAUGUGGCAAAGCUUUUAACCGAUUUUCAUACCUUACAAAACAUAAGAUAAUUCAUACUGGAGAGAAAUCUUAUAAAUGUGAAGAAUGUGGCAAAGGCUUUAACUGGUCCUCCACCCUCACUAAACAUAAAAGAAUUCAUACUGGAGAGAAACCCUACAAAUGUGAAGAAUGUGGCAAAGCCUUUAGUGUGUCUUCAAACCUUACUACACAUAAGAUGACUCAUACUGGGGAGAAACCCUACAAAUGUGAAGAAUGUGGCAAAGGCUUUAGUUGGUCCUCAACCCUUACUAAACAUAAGAUCAUUCACACUGGAGUGAAACCUUACAAAUGUGAAGAAUGUGGCAAAGCUUUUAACCAGUCCUCAAACCUUACUACACAUAAGAUAAUUCAUACUGGAGAGAAAUCUUACAAAUGUGAAGAAUGUGGCAAAGCUUUUAGCCAUUCCUCAAUCCUUACUACACAUAAGAGAAUUCACACUGGAGAGAAACCCUACAAAUGUGAAGAAUGUGGCAUAGCUUUUAACCGAUCCUCAAAACUUACUAAACAUAGGAAAAUUUAUACUGGGAAGAAACUGUACCAACUGUGAAGAAUGUGGCAGUGCUUUCAACCAGUCCUCAUAUUUUUUUAAACAAAAUAAUUCAUACUGCUGAGAAAAAUCUACAAGUGUGAAAAAUGUGCCAGAGCCUUUAACCAAUCUUCAACUUUUUUUUCUUUUUUUUUUUUUGAGAUAGAGUCUUGCUCUAUUGCUCAGGCUGGAGUGCAGUGGCACACAGUCGGCUCACCGCA